AUGCGAGGUAGGUUUGUUCUUCUUACACUAUACCGUUUGCAAAGGGGAAAGGGGGUGAUCGUCGUCGGUCGUCGCCAGGACCGCCUGGAUGCUUUCGUAAAGGAACACGGCGAGGACAAGGCCAAACGUGUGGCCUUUGACAUUGGAAACUUGGACAAGAUUCCUGAGUUCGCUGCGGAAGUCAUGCAACAGUCCCCCGACAUAGACAGUGUCUUCAUCAACGCAGGCACCCAAACGCCACUCGACCUGACUAAACCCUUCGACCUCUCUGGUUUUCAUGAGGAGAUCAAGAUAAACUUUUCGAGCUUUGUCGCCCUCACCCAUGCUUUCCUGCCGUAUCCCCAGAAGAAGUCCGAUCCCACGAGUUUUGUCUAUACUGGCUCUCUCCUAUCCAUUGUUCCCGGCGCCUGGAUCCCCGCCUACUCAGCGUCUAAGGCAGCUUUGAACGCCUUCGCGAUGUGUCUGCGUGAUCAGCUCCGGCACUCCACCGUCAAAGUCAUUGAGCGUUCUCCUCCCGUAGUCCAGACUGAGUUGCACGACUGGAUGGGCGAGUCAGGCUGCAGCUUUGGUAUGCCGCUGGCUGCAUUCACCGAGCGGGCGUACGAGGGACUUGCUGCAGGGAAGGACGAAGUCAUCGUGGACAGUAUCGGUCAUGCGGAUGUGUUCAAUGAUAUCGUGGAUAAGCGUCGUGCCGCGUUUACAGACCUGGCCAAGAUGCUGCGUGGGGGAGAGCCAUAG